AUGUCUGAAGGAGGAAAGAAGUAUGACAUGACUCAUGAAGAGUACCUCAGAGGUAAACUCACCCAGCUAGUCAGUGACCUUGAAGAUGUCCGUGGAUACUAUAGAGAAGCAGAAAAAAUUUACUCCUACAAGAACUUAGAAGGACCUACUGACGGCAGCGAACAAGACUUGAGAGCAAAUCAAAGAAGGUUUGGAGUUAGAGUGGAAAAUGCUAAUGAACUCAGUCGUGGAUCCUUCUCUUAUGGACUCUUUUUCGCAUUGGUUGGCUCAAAACUAUUUGCCAGAAAAGCCUUGCUUGACUUCUCUUGCUACACAGCUUAUCCAGCCAGGACACUUUCUCUCUUCUUCUAUGGAGUUGGAGCUGCAUGUUUUAUCAAUCUUUCUAAAAUUCAAGAAGACGAAACUUUCAUUAAGGAUCAUCACUUCAAAAGAAGAGUUGAGGAGAACAGAAGAGCAGAGGGUGUAAUCGAGAAUAUUAAACAUAAAGUAGAUGCUGCCAUUAAUAUCGAAUAAGUCAAUCUUUGUUGU